AUGAUGUUCGACAUCCGACAAUCUUUACUGCUCAGCUUGACCUUACAGUCGCUCUCUGCGGGAGCUGCCCAUUUUCCAGAAGAGCCCUACAUCAAUGCUGCUCUACUUCCGAGACGGCAGAUGCCAGUGAAGAACGGCACCUCGUUAGUCAUACCCUCUUCUAGUCUAAGCAAUGGCGACACAAUCGUCGUUGCCGCUGGUGUAGUAGUAGUAGGAGGUGUCGGAGGUGGCUCCUUUACUGUGGCAGGCUCGUCGGCAGGCCCUGUUGCAGUCGCGGCCGGCACGACCGUGACGGCCGGCUCUUCGCAAGGCGACAACCCGAAUGACCCGGACAACAAACCACCCAGCUCCGCGCCAGAUGCUUCCUCCAGUUCUGCUACCUUAAGCUCGACCUCUGAAGCUCCUACUAGUACCUCGAGCGUGUUGCCGACCGAGACCCCCAAGGCGUGCAUAAUCUUCUGCAAAGACGGAGCCACAACUCAAGAGAGAACUGACUUCGUAGCGCUCCUCGACAAAGAGAUCGGUAAGAGCAACUACCGCAAGACGGAGGACUCGGUGGUGUUGUUUGCCACCGCCAACAUCACAGCAUCACAAAACUCAACACUCAGCAAGGACCCCACGGUUGGAGACGUAGAGCUCGAUGAGCUGUAUGAUACCAAUGCCGGGACAUCCCAGCUCGUUCCGAACAGCAAGCGCGACCAAGAUGUCCACGAGAAGUGGUGGAUGGAGUCGCUUAAUAAGCUUGGAAAGAUCAAGAAGCGCGCCGUGGUCAAGCAAAGCAAUGCCCCGACGGAACUUGUCAUGUUUUCGCAGCCUCCUUUGGUGGACAUCAAAGCACUCACUAGUUAUUCCUACGAUGACAGUGCGGGAGCUGGCAUCACCGUUUACGUACUGGACAGCGGAUACUAUACGAAGAACAGCGAGUACACUGGCAUGGCUGUGAAGCCACGCUGGAUCUUUGCUGGCAGCCAAGCAGACAAGUCAGUCGAAGAGGACAAUGAUUCUGAUGGUCACGGCAGUUGUGCUGGGUCAAAAGUAAAUGGGCCCACGUAUGGAGUUGCCAAGAAGGCCGAUCUCGUGAUUGUAAAAACCGGAAUGUCUUCCGGUGACACCCUCGACGGCCUCAGCCAGAUUUUAACGGAUGUGAGGGAUAAAAAGCUGCAGAACAAGGCUGUUGUGAACUUUUCACGCUCAAUUGACAACCCCAAUAACUACAACAAGAAGCAACUACAAAACUAUGUCAACGCGCUGAUCAAGGAAGACGUCGUCUUCAUUGUUGCAUCGGGAAACGAUGAGUCAAAGGAAGUCGAGGAAGGAAAGGCAACGGCGAGGGACAUCGACGCCUGGCCAGCAAUGUUUGCAGCCGAUGGUGUACCAAUCAUCAACGUUGGAGCUACUGACAUCACCGGCAAGAACGCCUCGUUCUCUCAGGGAGGCCCCUUGUGUCACGUAAUGGCACCGGGUGAACAGAUUCAGUGCGCUGCCAACUCGUACUUCUUUAACACUCAAAGGCAAGACGGCACGUCUUUCGGUCAGUUAAGCCCUCAAACUCAGGUUAUAGCCGUUGGGGGUGAAAGCUUUUGUUGA